AUGGCUCCAGGAGGUAAAUCGGCAGGAAAGGCGAUGAAAAAAUCGUCGGGCAAAGCGCAGAAGAACAUCGUCAAGUCUGACAAGAAACGCAAGCCUAAGAGAAAAGAAUCAUACGCAAUCUACAUCUACAAAGUACUGAAACAAGUACACCCCGACACCGGUGUCUCCUCGAAGGCAAUGAGCAUCAUGAACAGUUUCGUCAACGAUCUGUUUGAGCGCAUAGCCACCGAAUCUAGUCGUUUGGCACACUACAACAAGCGUUCGACCAUUACCAGUCGGGAAAUCCAAACUGCUGUCCGACUAUUGUUACCCGGUGAAUUGGCCAAGCACGCCGUAAGUGAAGGAACAAAGGCAGUCACUAAAUACACAAGCUCCAAGUAA